AUGGCUGUAAAGAUUGAACAAUCUUAUUUUUCGAAUGAGUUUAAUAAAUCAGGUGAGAAUCAGGAGGAGGUUCAGGAAACAGAUGAAGAAAUCACAGAAGAAGACAGUUGGGUAGUGAUCGGGUCGUUCUUUGGAAGUCAUGGAUUGGUGAAUCAGCAAAUUGAAAGUUAUAACGAUUUUAUAGAAUACAGGAUGCAAGAAAUAAUUGAUGAACAUCCACAGAUAGAAAUAAAACCACAACCACAAUACAGAUCAGAUAGGGAUGAUAAUAAGAAUGUUAUGUACGCUUUGAAAUUCGGACAGUUGUCAUUAGAUAGACCUUUUUAUGAUGAAAAAAAUUUAAGUAAUAAGAACUUAUGGCCACAAGAAGCAAGAUUGAGAAAUUUAACUUACUCAUCUGCUAUAUAUAUAGAUAUUGAACAAAGUACAUACAUUGUGGAUGAAGUUACAAGAAAACAAACUUUGAAAGAGAAAUUCCUCUAUGAACGUAUAAAUUUAGGAAGAAUACCAUUAAUGUUGAAAUCUAUGUUUUGUUGGACUAAGGGAUUGCCAGAGAACGAAAUUGCAGACAUGGGUGAAUGUGCACUUGAUCAAGGAGGUUAUUUCAUUGUUAAUGGAGGUGAGAAGGUGCUUGUAGCACAGGAAAGAAUGGCUCAUAAUUUUAUUUAUGUAUUUAAAAAAAAACAGCCAUCUAAAUUUGGGUGGGUAGCUGAAAUAAGAUCCCAGAUGGAAAAGUCUCAAGCCACAUCAGCUUUUUCUGUAAAGAUGAAGACAAAAGCUGGUUUUAGAGGUUCUGGAAGUACAGGUUCUGUCCGAUCAGGUGGACAGCUAGUUGCUACCUUGCCAUAUAUAAGAACCGAAAUAUCUGUUGGAAUUCUUUUCAGAGCAUUGGGGUGCACAUCGGAUAGGGAUAUUUUGCAAAGAAUAGUGUACGAUUUUAAUGACAAAAUGAUGAUUAAUACAUUAAGGGAGACUUUAGAAGAGUGCAUAGAUUAUCCAACACAAGAAGUUUGUCUGGAUUUUAUUGGAAAAAGAGGACCAACCGUAGGUGCAUCUAGGGAGAAAAGGAUUUUAUAUGCAAAGGAAUUGUUGCGUAAGGAAGUUUUACCACAUAUGGGAACAAGUCCAGGAGUGGAAAGUAAAAAAUCAUAUUUUAUUGGAUAUAUGAUAAAUAGAUUAUUAUUAGCUGAAUUAGGUAGAAUUAAAGAAGAUGAUCGGGAUCAUUUUGGGAAGAAAAGGCUAGAUAUUGCAGGUCCAUUAAUGGCUAGUAGUUUUUCAACUUAUUUUAGAAAAAUGGCCAAAGAUGUAAGAAGAGUCUUGCAAAGGCAAAUUGAUAAUAACAAACCAUUUGAUGUUGCAGGUGCAGUUAGGAGCUGUUCACAGAUUACACAAGGAAUGCAAUAUCAACUAGCUACAGGUAAUUGGGGUAAAGAUAAAGAUGGAAAAGUUAUAAGAACAGGUGUUGCACAGGUUCUUAAUCGAUUGACGUAUUCGUCUUGCUUAUCACAUCUGAGGAGAUUGAAUACACCAUUAGGUAGAGAAGGAAAAAUGGCCAAACCAAGACAAUUGCAUAAUACACAUUGGGGAAUGAUCUGCCCUUUUGAAACUCCAGAAGGACAAUCAGUUGGACUUGUAAAGAAUUUGUCACUUAUGUGUGACAUAAGUGUUGGUACAUCUACUAACAAUAUUUAUGAAUUUCUUCUAGAAUGGGGUUUGGAAUCAUUGGAUGAAGUUCCACCUCAAUUAAUGAAAGAAAAAGUGAAAUUAUUUCUAAAUGGAAAAUGGGUUGGAUGUUUUAACCAAAUUGAUAAUUUAAUUGAAACUUUAUACGAAUUGCGAAGAAGAUGUGAUAUAUCACCAGAAGCUUCCAUAGUAAGAGAUGUGAACAGUAAGGAAAUAAAAAUAUUUACAGACUCAGGAAGAGCUAUGAGACCUUUAUAUGUUGUGAAAAAUGUGAAAGGAGAAAAUAAAUUAAAACUAACAAAAGAACAUGUAAAUAAUUUGAAAGCUCAUCCAGAGACAUAUAAUUGGGAUUAUCUCAUACAAGAAGGAAUUAUAGAAUAUAUAGAUUGUGAAGAAGAAGAGACAACUAUGAUAAGUAUGUUUAUUGAUGAUUUAAAAACAGGAACAGGUUAUUAUAAUAACUACACUCAUUGUGAAAUUCAUCCUUCUCUAAUAUUAGGUGUCUGUGCAUCUAUCAUUCCAUUUAGUGAUCAUAAUCAAAGUCCACGUAAUACUUACCAGAGUGCUAUGGGAAAACAAGCUAUGGGUAUUUAUGUUACAAACUUUAACAUUCGAUUAGAUACACUAGCUCAUUUGCUGUACUAUCCACAGAGGCCCCUAGUUUGUACAAAGGUAAUGGAAUAUUUACGCUUUCGUGAGUUACCAGCUGGUAUAAAUGCCAUUGUUGCAAUUAUGUGUUACACAGGAUAUAAUCAAGAAGAUAGUCUUAUAAUGAAUCAGUCUUCUAUUGAUAGAGGUCUCUUUAGAAGUGUAUUUUAUCGUACAUACACAAGUGAAGAAAAACAACAAGGAAGUUUAAUUAUUGAAUCUUUUGAAAAGCCAUCUAUGAAAUUUGUUAAAAAUUUGAAAAGAGGUGAUUAUACUAAACUUGAUGCAGAUGGAUUGAUUGCUCCUGGUAUAAGAGUCUUAGGAGAUGAUAUAAUUAUUGGGAAAGUAUCUCCAAAUAUUGAAGAUGAGGAUGAUAUAAUAAUACAAAGAAAAGUUCCAAAUGUUCAGACCAACAUGAUGAUGGGAUACAACAACACCAAUGGUGUUGCAUCCUCUACAUCAAAUGAAUUUAUCUCAGGAAAAGAUUCAUCAGCAAGUAGUAUGAUCAAUGGAUCUGUUGGUAGUGUUUAUGAAGGUCCAUUUUCCCCCUAUGCAUCUUCCACAAUAAAUGCAGGAAAUGUAUUAGAUACUAUACCAGAUUCUCCUAUGAGUGAUAAAUAUUGUAGUGGAUCUGUCAGCCCAUCUGUUUCCCCUGAAAGUAUUGCAUCACCUACUCCAAGUAGUACAACCAUUUAUAGAACUGGAAAUACUUUAUCUAGUUUGAAUAGCCCUAAAUAUGGAUCCACAAUAGUCACGAAUUCUACAAAAGAUGACACUGAGGCUCCUACACUAACUAUUAGUACAUCAAGUGUACUAAAACAAUAUAAAAAAGAUUGUUCUUUAGGUUUAAGAGAAAAUGAAAAUGGUGUUAUAGAUACAGUUAUGUUAUCUUCCAAUAGUAGAGGUAAUAAAUUUGCAAAAGUGAAAGUGCGUUCUGUACGUAUUCCUCAAAUUGGUGAUAAAUUUGCAAGUAGACAUGGUCAAAAAGGAACAAUUGGAAUUACAUACAGAACAGAAGAUAUGCCAUUCAGUUCAGAUGGAACUUUUCCUGAUAUUAUUAUGAACCCACAUGCAGUUCCUUCUCGUAUGACUAUUGGACAUUUGGUUGAAUGUCUAGCUGGAAAAGUAGCUGCGAUUGAAGGAGCAGAAGGAGAUGCAACACCAUUUUCAAAAAUUACUGUUCAAGAAAUUUCUCAAAGAUUACAUAAUUUAGGAUAUGAAAAAUAUGGUAAUGAUAUUUUGUAUAAUGGUCAUAAUGGGAAAAUGUUAAAAUCAAAAAUAUUUAUAGGGCCAACAUAUUAUCAAAGAUUAAAACAUAUGGUGGAAGACAAAAUACAUGCAAGAAGUAGAGGUCCAUUAACUAUGAUUACGCGACAACCAACAGAAGGAAGAUCAAGGGAUGGGGGUCUUAGAUUUGGAGAAAUGGAAAGAGAUUGUAUGAUUUCUCACGGUUCUGCAAAAAUGCUAAAAGAGCGAUUAUUCGAGGAGAGUGAUGCAUAUCGUGUACACGUCUGUGACAACUGUGGUUUAUGUUGUAUAGCAGAUAUUAACAAGAAUGCUUAUGAAUGUACCGUUUGUAAUAGUAAGACUAACAUUUCACAGAUAUACAUUCCAUAUGCCUGUAAACUGCUCUUUCAGGAGCUCAUGACAAUGGCCAUAUAUCCUAAGCUUGUGUUGGAAGAUAUGUAA